AGAGAUCGCGGAGAGACAUUCCGAGCGGACUUUGAUGCGGUGACCGAGAGGACAAAAAGUUCGUCGCUUGAAUGCGUUUGGCGGCUGUCGAAUGGAGUCCUCCGUCUGACUCCGAAGUUUGAAUUUGAGCGCUCUAUUCUUGAGCGUCGAAGUUGAGUCUUGGUGAAGAUUCAAACUCCAAGAACUGUCACUGCUCGUGCGCAGCGUUUCCCCCGAUUUUCCCGAAGAGAUUUGCUCCCCUCGCCUGCGGCAGAAGGCUUUUGCUCACGGAGGCACUCGAUUUGCAUUGCAUUGCAUCGCAUCGGGCUUCGGUGUGCGGCGGCUUCGUGCCCUGUUUUCUUCGGUCGCGCGGGAGAGCAGAUUGGCGAGUUUGGAUCGUCGGCCGAGUGUGUUUUUGCCGCCAGUUCGUGUGGGAUAGGAAAUGCUGUGUUGAAGGAGGAGUUAGCUCGUUCCCUGCUUCUGUUCAUUCGUUCUGGUCGAUUACGAAGGCUCCGUUGUGAAAUUUCCUUUUGGGCAGUGGCGCUGGCUCUUGAGAAGAAGUGGGGGCUUGUGGAUUGGGUUUUUGUGUGAUUCUCGUCUUAUAUCGCUAGCCUUUCGGCAUCCGUUGUCGUCCUGAAUUGUUAUAGAAGUCUGCUGGACGGAAUUUAUCUUGUGCACGAUCGCAGUCUACCUAGCAGAGUUUUGGUGGGAAGUGGCACCGUGGCCUGAGCAUGGUAAAUCAGAAUUUUAAGCUCUGGACAUCGUUUUGCAAUUUAGUUUAGUGAAAGGACAAGCUAGAGGGUUCAGGUCGGCAUGGACGCACCGGAGGGGGUUUGUCUUAGCCAGCAGCUGAGCCAAGUACGGCUUGCCUAUCCUCGGAACACCAUGACCAAUUCUACCGAUUGGACAGUCCGUUCCCUAAGAGAUGAUUCUCAAUCUACGUCCAUGGCCCUGAGUCAGGGUAGUGGUCACGAACGCCGAACUGACGGAGAGGACGGCGAUGGCGACGUGAUUCAGGAUUUUGGAAGCCAGGACUUUUUCUGCACGCCCGACUUCAUCACCCCCGUUGAGCAACAAUUUUGUGUAGAUUUUGAAGGCUCCAAGGAAAACAUACCUGCGCUUGGCUCGGCUGCAACUAUGACCCCAAUGCGUGUUAAAAGACCGAGACCUGAUGUCUUUGGUGCUCUCUUGAAUAGCGCCACGAAGGGUUGUAAUCCACGAAUUUCAUCCCCAAAUGAAAUGUUCAUGCAAGAAAACCCUGGCGAGGGUUUAGUGUCGUCUGGGAAGAAUGUUGAAAUGAACGGCCUAGACCUAUUUCCACCCAACUCAAGAGCUAGAUUGUCAGCCUUGCGGAGGCGUGUGCAAUCGCCAACGUGUUUGAAAAAUCCUUUCCUACCUGCAAGUGACGAGGUUUCCCCUGCACAAAGGCGGCCAAAGGCCUGUGGUCUUCAAGGAAACGUUGGAGGAAAUGGCCUAUCCCGUUAUCGCGAUGAUUUCCACGAGGUCCAGGAAAUUGGACGGGGCUGCUUCAGUCGAGUGUACAAAACAGUGAAUCGCAUUGAUGGCUGUUUCUAUGCUGUCAAACGUUCACAUCGUCAACUAAGGCAGGACAGUGAAAGGAAACAAGCUUUGACUGAGGUUCAGGCAUUGGCAGCCAUAGGAGCGCACCGCAACAUUGUAAGAUACCACACCGCCUGGUUUGAGAGCGACUAUCUUUACAUCCAAAUGGAGUUAUGUGAAUGUAAUCUGAGUGAGUUGAGAGCCGACGGAAAGCUUUCACUUGAAAGAUCUUUGAUCGAUGUACUCUGGCAGAUUACUCAAGCCCUAUCAGUUGUACAUACUUGCGGACUCGCCCAUUUGGACGUGAAGCCGGACAACAUUUACUUUGGGAACGGAGCCUUCAAGUUGGGAGAUUUUGGCCGUGCUACCCGGCUUGAUGGCACCAUCCAGAUAGAGGAAGGAGAUUCUCGGUAUGCAUCUUCUGAAAUACUCAACGACGACUACAGUAAUCUUCAUAAAGCCGAUAUUUUCGCCUUAGGUGCCACAAUGUACGAGCUAUCGAGAGGACUCCCUUUACCUUCAUCAGGAGUCCAAUUUCAAGCCUUGAGACAAGGAAAGCUGGCGCUCUUGCCUGGCUAUUCGCUACCUUAUCAGCUUCUUUUGAAGGACAUGAUGAAUCCUAAUGCCAAACUGCGCCCUACAGCAGGUGACUUGCUCAAACACUCGAUCUUUCGCAAGAUUACAGGGAGUGGUGACAAGUGAUGUAAGAAUGAGAAGACUUGCGAGUGAUUGUCACGAACUCGACGUCCAGAGAAAACAAAAACGUCGAGAAUGAUCUUCACAAUUGUGGAAUGUGACGAGCAAGUUUUUCCGGCUAGCAGGCAUCGAUGCAAACUGAAUCCGACGAUCUCUGGACUACUUUUGACAAGUUUUGGAGAGGAACGAACUCCGUUCCAUUUGUACAUUGUAAGUCGUGAAAAUAUCGUGUAACUAGCAAUAUCAUGCAUUGAGCGUAGAGUCCGCUCUCUUUUCAGUAUGAAUCGUUGCUCCACUCUCAGGGAGAGAUGUCUGAGGUGUUCGGAGAAUAUAAUGUUUACUACGGAUGUUUGAUAAUGAACUCUCUAUAGUGUGCUGAAUUUGCCCUAGUGGACACAACGAGGUCACUUUUCGAACGACACAUCGAGUUCACGUGACGUCGAGGAACUAUCCAUGUAGAAUACAGGACUGAAGAUGAACCAUUUGGACAGAUAGGCAUCCAACACCAGAUGUAACUGGCAGGUUUUAUCUGUUACAUGGAGGAAGCUCUUCCCGAGCUUCCACCUUUAAUAUAUGAGCUACAGUUCCAAA